AACAGCCACUCACUCUAACCUACCAUUGUUUCCUUCUCUGCAACAACUUAAAGAUGAAGAACCAAAUCAAAUGCUUUUCCUUUUCUUGGUCUCUUCUCUUCAUGCUUAUUCUCUUGCAUGCAACAUCAACCUUCGCUCAAGAAGUUGAGGAUGAGAGAGAGUUUGAUUAUGGUGAAAGGAGCGAAAAGGGUCCUCGGCGGUGGGGAGAGCUAAAGGAAGAGUGGGCUGCAUGCAAGAAUGGAGAUAUGCAGUCGCCGAUUGAUAUGUCAAACCUGAAGGUGAAGAUGAUCCGAAGGUCCAGGGAGCUCAAGAUGAACUACAAACCUUGUAAUGCAACUGUGAAGAAUAGAGGUCAUGACAUAAUGCUUAAAUGGGCUGGUGAAACCGAAGCUGAAUCCAAAGCUGGAUCCAUUCAGAUAAACGGCACUGAUUACUUUCUCCGACAAGCCCAUUGGCACUCACCCUCGGAGCAUACCAUCAAUGGCAGGAGGUAUGAUGUAGAGCUGCACAUGGUUCACGAAAGCCCGGACACCAACGUGAAAAAUAACAUAGCUGUUACCGGGCUUCUCUACAAGUUUGGUAAAGCUGAUGCGUUUCUUUCUAAGUUGACUGGCAAUAUGGCAUCCAUGAUUGAUAGAAUGGAAGAGAGAAACGCGGGAGUGAUGGAUCCGAGAGAGAUAAAGACGGGUGGUAAAAAUUAUUACAGAUAUAUGGGUUCACUCACUGUUCCUCCAUGCACAGAAGGUGUUAUUUGGACAAUGAAUAAGUAGGUGAGGACUGUUUCAAGAGAGCAAGUUAAGUUGCUUCGACGCGCUGUUCACGACUUAAGUAGCUAAACUUCGUAUGUAAAUUUUUGCUCAUUGUUUCAAAAGUUGGAUUUCAAGCAUAACAUAACAUUUGUAUAAUUGGUUUUCAUUGCAGUAUGCAGAGAAGAAUGCGAGACCAUUGCAGCCACUGAACAGUCGAGAUGUCCAUCUUUACGAACCCUAGUUUAGCCCAGGAAUAACAGUAAUUGGUGAUAAUUAGAGAGAGAGAGAUGAACUAUAGUUACUAUUAGUUAGCCUUAUAGUUCCAUUUUUUUCCCCUUUUGCUAGAGUAGAUUAUUCAUUCUGAACACCAUGAUCUGAUAUUUUUAUUGUUCUUCAUCAUCAUAUACAUGGAGAUACCAUGUUUUUUGCUUUAUAUAAUCAGCUAUGUUCAUCCAAUUUGUGGUAUUUUCAAUAUUCACCCUGUAUUUAUUGUGACAA